UGGUAAAAUGGACGGUCAGCAAGAAGUUUUGUUUAGCCUGGGUUAUUUUAUAAUAGCUCUAUGCCUCGUUAUACCUCCACGAGAAUUUGUUAGCUUGGGACUGACCAUACAAAAUCUUUUUUCAUCCUAUCUUGGUGUGGAAGAUGUGCAGUUCGUGUCAUUCCAUUUGAAGCGAACUUCUAUAACUGUAGUUUGUCAUUCUUUGAUACCUUUAGGUUAUUACAUUGGUUUGGGAAUUACGUCUCCAAAACUUCAGUUAUUCAAUCAUCAAGAGAAUGGAUUAUUUGCAAAAGUACUUCUCCUGUUGUCUUUGUUGAUCUUUCUGAUUGCAUUCUCUGUCGUCCUCUAUUGGUCAAGAAAUGGUUGGAAGAAUCACCCUUUGGUAGUAAUCUUGAGUCACCAUGGUAACCCUUGGACCGAUGUUGCAUCAAGGCUAGACGUGGAAUUUCGUAGGAUUGACAAGUUUUCUACUAUUAUUGGUGGAACAAGCGUGUAUGUCACUGACUCGUGGAUAAUCAAAUGUUCGGCAUAUAAAGUUGAUGUUGCACACAAACCUGAUGUCCACUUGAACAUCGUUAAGGCAGAGGACCAUGAAAUAUCGAUAGAAACACAUUUUGCCGUGCAGUAUCUCAACAUUGAAGUGUUGAGCAUAAACUCUUCGGUGAAGCCAUUUGUGAUCAGAUUGAACUCGCUUGAUUACUCCGAACUCAGAGAAAAAAUUCAAGCUCCAAUUGUGAAUGCAAGAAAUGUUAUCAUCCAUCAGUCAAUCAGUGAUCAGUUUGUCAAGGCAUUCAAGGAGCAAGUUGAACAAAAUGAGCGCUAUCACAUUGAUAGAGCUUCAGAGAUCAUAGAAUCAUGCAUCGGUUGCAUGGUACAGGAUUCAAAUGUUAAACUUCAAAAACUUUGUGCAUCUUCAGGCAAUGAAGCAUGUAUUAAUUGUUUUUGUCGUCCAAUGUGGUGUUUGGAGUGUAUGGGCAAAUGGUUUGCCAGUCGUCAAGACCAGCACUCUCCUGGUGACUGGAUGUCAUGUACGUCACCAUGUCCAACUUGUAGAGCAAAGUUUUGUGUCUUAGAUGUCAGUUUACUGGCAUAAAAACAGCAUGAACCUCUAAUUUAUGGAACAGGAAUAUAUGGUCAUCAGAAAUUUAUGUUUCAAACGACAAAUGCAAAGUAGAUUAUGCAAAUCUGUGAAAGGAGACUACUUCAAACCUGAUACGGGCAUAGAUAAAUCUUUAGAUAUUAAAAAAACUUUUAAUUGA